AUGCUCAGCUGGGACUUUGACAAGCGUCGAACCGCGCAGCCCAUCCUUCCCUUCCUGUACUUGGGAGCCAGCGCAACAGCAAGAGAUGCUACAUUUCUCAGCGCCACCGGUAUCACUUUCCUGCUAGCUGUCCGCAGCUCAUACGCCGUAGCAGCUCGGCCGAAAUACCUUGAUCCAGCUACUUAUCCUACCACAGGCAAUCGAAAUACUGCGACCUUCGAUGUCGAUACACCAUUCGAUUUCAUCACCAAAGUCAAGCCAGCUAUCAAAUCUGUUGUUGACUACCUUGAAGCCAAUACGACCAAACCCUUGAUUUCCGCCAACGACAUCAACGCCAAAAUCCUCGUCUAUUGCGAGUCUGGCAACGACCGGUCCGCUGCCUUCGUCGUUGCCUUCUUGAUGGUGGUCUACUGCCUCGAUGCUGCCACAGCGGUGCAGCUAGUGCAGUCACAGAGAUAUUGUAUCUAUAUUGAGGAUGGUUUCAAGAGAAUGCUGAUGGACUUCGACCAAAUUCUUCAAGCCGAGAGACAGGUCGUCAGCGCUCAUAUGCAGGCCGGUCAGGGCUCGUCUCCGUAUCAACAGUCUAAUCAGGCUCCAACGACUACGAAGAGAGCUUUUGCGGCCUACAGCGGCGAUGGAGAGAUGGGUGGGUGCGUCGACAGCGUGGAAGACAGCAGACUUGGAAUGGCACCGUUCGCCGAUGCCUAA